CUCCCAACACGACGAUGGAGGCUAAAGCAGCGCUGCCGCAGCUGGAUGAGGCCAUCGCGUUCCUGCAAGCGGAGAUCGCGGCCCUCCGCGCCGGAGAGAAAGACGCAACCCUCCCAGCACUUGCAGUAGCCGUGGCAGCGGGUGAAGCGUCUCUUCCAGAGCCUCAAUUUGCGCCGCUGUUGGCAGUUUGGACUCCUGCCACGUCCACGUUCUCUACGGAGUUAGCGGCGCUCGUUGACCAGUUUGAGGCUGCCAGAAGGCGAGAGGAGGAGAAAGCGCACAGUAAAGAAGACAAAGACGUGAAGUUGCCUGUUCACUCAGCCCUGCAGCGAGUGAGGAGCCAGAGGAAGAGACCGAGGACGAGACCCAGACGGAGAUUCGAAGAUCCAGACGAGGGAGACGCCUCGCAGUCUGCAAGCGAUGGCACGCCCACACCCUCCCCUAGAGCAGACGUUGUGGCUCCUGUGGAUGUUGCUGAAGUGAAGAAAGAGGAGAAGAAGGAGGAGAAGGAGGAAAAAAUGGAGCAGGAGAAAGCUGAUGUUGUGAUGGAGGAGACCGAGGCUCACGCUGAGGAGAAGGAUGUGGAAAUGACUGCUGAAGAGAAGAAAGUUGAUGAGAAGGUGGAGGACAACGAGAAGAAUGACGAGAAGAAUGACGAGAAGGUUGAACAGAAGGUUGAACGGAAGGUUGAAGAGAAGGUUGAAGAGACGGUUGUUGAGGAGAAGAAUCCUGAAAAGGAGGAGGCGGAGGCUGCGCUGGCGAGUCUGAAGGCUCUGAGGAAGAGUAUGUUACUGGACGUAUUGUCCAAGAUCGUGUCGGUGGCAAAGAGUAAGGACGUAAAUCCAUGCAUGUUCUCCAAGAGUGAAGACGAGAAGGAUGCAGAUAAAACCGAGGAACAAGUGGAUUUAGAGAAGAUCCAGGACCGUGUCGCAAGAGGAGAAGUGUGCGAGUGGGCGCAGUUCGCAGAGCAGGUUUAUUUGUUCUGUCAACAUGUGGUGACGGACGCGGAGCAGCGAGAGCAACCGGAAGCGAGACGCAAAGGCGUCGAGUUGUUGCACUUUGCUAGGACUCUCACCGAGACGCUACGCAAAGCUAGUGUCAAGAAAGAGGCGAUUUUAUUGCAGAAGAUUCGAGACGCAGAGGAAGAAGCCGCUGCUCGUAAAGAGGAGGCGGCUCGUAAAGAGGAGGCGGCUCGUAAAGAACAGGAGCAAACCAAGGAGGAAGAAGAGAAGAAUUGUGACGAUAAAGAGGAUAAAAGCGAUGGAAACGACAAGGAUGCGGAGAAACCUACAGCAGACAAGGAAUCAAAGACGGUUGAGACCAAGGACUCGAGUGAGAAGGCGCUUAAUGUCGAAGCUUCUGGCCCUCCACCUCUUACACCGGCGCGAGCAUCAACGCGGAUCCGAAAGCGCACGAGUAUUAGCAGUGACGGUCCUGGCUCGGCAGCCCCAUCGCCGUUGCGCAAACGUACACGCGGUGCGUCAGUUUCUGCGAGUGAAGACGUGAGUGGCUCAGAGAGUCACGAGGCUUCUGCGUCUGAAGCUGACAGCAAGUCUGGAGGACGCACGAAGGCGUCCAAGACGCCAGCAAAGCGCGCACCUGCACGUCGACGACGUCCGUCUCUGCCAGCAACAAGGACGAGUUCGCGUCAACAGAAACGCAGGGCAGCGGCCGCUGCUGCUGCUGUUAUUGAGACGGGGGACGAGGAGGAACACAGUGGAGGAGAGACCUUGCUCUCAGUCGACGAUGAUGCUGAAAAGGAGAACGAUGAAGCAGAAGAAACGGGAGAAGAAGAGCAUGAAGAAGAACAGACUCCUAAGAAGAAGAAAGCUGCGCCGAAGUCGAGAUCUAGGAAGAAAAGUAGCCGCAAGAGGUAACCAUGGCUACACUUUAAUCAAACUUAGUUUUGAUUGGCUAAA